GAGUUAUUUCUCCCUCAUUGUUCAGAUCUAAGAGCCCAAUUUGUGGACUCAGUCUGAAGCUCUUAAAAGUCAAAACUCUUCAAAACAAGUUCUGGGUCUGCUUCGUUUCCCUGUUUUUGGAUCGAAAACUGGCAGUUCGGGAUAGAUAAUAUUUGAGAUGGGAUUGAUGGAUGUCCAAGAAACUGGGAAUGGAGAGAUGGGUAUGUCUGGUAUUUCGUUGGGGACUAAGAACAAAUACAAGAGAAUGGAUUCUGAGCUCACAGAUGAUCACGAUUUUGACCUUUCACAACAUCACCAUAAGACAGAAGAUAGGGGAAGCAGUACCAGGAAAUAUGUCCUUGCCUGUGCCGUUUUUGCUUCUCUCAACAAUGUUCUCCUUGGCUAUGAUGUAGGUGUGAUGAGUGGAGCAAUCAUAUUCAUCCAGGAGGAUUUAAAGAUUACCGAAGUACAGGAAGAAAUACUUGUUGGGAUUUUGAGCAUCGUUUCGCUUUUUGGUAGUUUAGCUGGAGGUAAAACAUCUGAUGUCAUUGGUAGGAAGUGGACAAUGGCCUUCGCCGCUGUUGUCUUUCAAAUAGGUGCAGGUAUAAUGACAGUUGCGCCUUCGUUCCAAGUACUAAUGAUUGGUAGAUUCUUGGCUGGGGUUGGAAUUGGUUUGGGAGUCAUGAUUGCCCCGGUCUAUAUUGCUGAGAUAUCACCCACAGUUUCCAGAGGCUCUCUCACCUCAUUUCCAGAGAUUUUUAUAAAUCUAGGCAUUUUACUUGGUUAUGUCUCGAACUAUGCAUUUUCUGGCCUUCCAGUGCACAUAAACUGGAGGAUAAUGCUUGCUGUGGGAAUUUUACCCUCGAUCUUUAUUGGUUUUGCUCUUUUUAUAAUCCCCGAGUCUCCCAGGUGGUUAGUCAUGCAGAAUCGAAUUGAUGAAGCGAGAUCAGUGCUACUGAAAACCAAUGAGAAUGAGGCUGAGGUGGAGGAAAGACUGGCUGAAAUACAAUUAGCUGCUGGAAUUUCCAAUGCAGAGAAGUACGAGGAGAAACCUGUAUGGCGCGAAUUGUUGAGGCCUUCUCCUGCAAUUCGCCGAAUGUUGGUCACUGGUUUUGGAAUUCAGUGUUUCCAACAAAUAACAGGAAUAGAUGCAACUGUGUAUUACAGCCCCGAAAUCUUUAUAGAAGCUGGGAUCGAGGGAAAAUCAAAGGUACUUGCUGCAACUGUUGCUGUGGGAGUCACAAAGACUGUUUUCAUAUUGGUUGCCAUCAUCCUUAUAGACAGACUUGGGAGAAAGCCAUUGCUCUAUAUCAGCACCAUUGGAAUGACGUUUUGUUUAUUCAGUUUGGGCUUCACACUUACUUUUCUGGGAAAAGGACAAAUUGGGAUUCUAUUAGUUAUUUUAUCUAUUUGUGGCAAUGUAGCUUUUUUCUCUGUGGGAAUUGGCCCUGUCUGCUGGGUUUUGACAUCCGAAAUCUUCCCUCUAAGGCUGAGGGCUCAAGCAGCGGCACUUGGUGCUGUUGGCAACAGGGUGAGCAGUGGCAUAGUUGCCAUGUCUUUCCUUUCUGUUUCCCGGGCGAUUUCCGUUGGUGGGACAUUCUUCAUCUUUUCUGCGAUUUCUGCUCUUUCGGUUUUGUUUGUCCACACCGUUGUCCCGGAAACAAAAGGGAAGUCAUUGGAGCAGAUUGAGUUGUUGUUCCAGGAUAACCGCGAAUGGCAAGGAAGUGAGGUGGAGCUGGGAGAUGUUGAGCAUCUUGUGCAGAAAGAAUAACUGACUUGUCAUUGGAACUAGAAGAAGUUCCAUUUUCAUGGGCCGAAAAUCCUUCACUUACACUUCUCUGCAACUGGCUUCAAACAGGAUAUAGAGUUAUUCCAUUUUCUUCUGAAAAUUUCAGAUCAUUGAUGGAAUUAUUACAAGUACAGACGAGAAUGUACUGGCGGAUUUCCAUAGAGAAAGAACCUGCUAUAUCACAAGAGGUCAGGUCUAUGCGUUAGUUACCAAAAUGAGGACGUGUAGUGAUUUAUGAUACCACUCUUGCUCUUGUUUAGAGUUCCAUUCUUUGUUUAAUUUUAUUGAGUUAUUGUAUUAAAAUGUUGUUAAGGUGAACAUUAAUAAUGCUUCCCACUUAAGUAAAGAAAUCUAGUAAACAGAAAUACUUUUUUUUUUU